AUGAAUGACCUCGUCGAGAUGAUCCUCCUCUACAUCGCCAAGGCGCCGUUCGCGUUGUUUGGCGGUGGCGUGAUCUUCUUCGCCCUCCUGUUCUUCUUGUGCGCGUGCUACUGGCUUAUCGCCGGCCGCGUGGUGUGGGUCAUCCGCGACAUCAAGAAGAAGAGGGAGCCCGUGCCCGUCGGCUAUUACUCGGUCGCCCGCAACGAUUGGGUGCCCGUGCCUCUGCCCGAGGUCGCUCCCACCAAGGAGCAGCGAGUCUACGAGUCGGCGGUCUACGAGACUCAGUCGAACAUGUCCCCCGUCUACGAGAUGCCGGUCUAA